AUGACCUCGGGCGGAAACUCCGCGUUCCGCAAUCACAACAAUGACUUCGCUCACAUCGAGGACCCCGUCGAGCGUCGUCGCAUGGCCUUGGCCGAGAUUGACAAUGCCAAGUUCGGCUGGUACCAUGUGCGGGCCGUUGUCGUGGCCGGUGUCGGUUUCUUCACCGAUUCCUACGACAUCUUCGCCAUCAACUUGGCCUCGGCCAUGUUGGGUAUUGUCUUCUGGCAAGAUGCCAGCGGCAAGAAUGCGGGCAAAAUCCCCUCUUCCGCGGAUACUGCGAUCAAGGUCUCGACUUCGGGCGGUACGGUCAUCGGACAGUUGCUCUUCGGUUGGCUCGCCGAUCGAAUCGGUCGUAAGCGCAUGUACGGCAUCGAAUUGAUCAUCAUCAUCUUCGCCACUCUCGCCCAGGCUCUCUCCUCCGAUUCUCCUGCCAUGUCCAUCGUGGGACUGCUCAUCUUCUGGCGUGUCAUCAUGGGUAUCGGUAUUGGUGGUGAUUACCCUCUGUCUUCGAUCAUUACCUCUGAGUUCGCGACAACCAAGUGGCGUGGAGCCAUGAUGGGAUCGGUCUUUGCCAUGCAGGGCUUCGGUCAGUUCGCUGCUGCCAUCGUCGCCCUCAUUGUGACCGCGGGGUUCAAGGAGUCCCUGGAGACCGCUUCCAGCGUGGGCAAGUGCAGCGGUGUCUGCCAGCUCGCGGUUGAUAAGAUGUGGCGUGUGGUCAUUGGCUUUGGUGCCGUCCCUGCUUGCAUUGCUCUCUACUACCGUCUCACCAUUCCCGAGACUCCUCGUUAUACCUUCGACGUGGCCCGUGAUGUUGUCAAGGCCGACGAGGAUGUACGCGCCUACAUCGCUGGUAAGCGUGAGGGCCACCCCGACGAGGUCAACCGUGCCGCCGCCAUUCAGAGCCACACCGUGGACGCUGUCGCCCCCAAGGCCAGCUGGGCUGAUUUUGUCCGUCACUACACUCAGUGGAAGAAUGGGCGUAUUCUUCUCGGUACUGCUGGUUCUUGGUUCUUCCUUGAUGUCGCUUUCUACGGUCUGGGUCUAAACAACUCCAUCAUUCUGGGUGCUAUCGGAUGGUCCGGCGGCGCCAACGUCUACGAGAUCCUUCGCCGUACUGCCGUCGGUAACCUGAUUCUGAUCUGUGCCGGUGCUAUUCCUGGAUACUGGGUCACUGUGGCGACCGUUGACACCAUUGGCCGUAAGACCAUUCAGCUCAUGGGCUUCGUGGUCUUGACCAUCGUCUUCAUUGUGAUCGGUUUCGCCUACGACCCGCUGCUCAAGUCCAACAAUGGCCUGCUAGGUCUCUACGUGAUUGCCCAGUUCUUCUUCAACUUCGGCCCCAACGCGACCACUUUCAUUGUCCCUGGAGAGUGCUUCCCCACCCGUUACCGCUCUACCUCUCACGGUAUCUCCGCUGCCUCCGGCAAGGUUGGUGCCAUCAUCGCCCAGUGCGUGUUCGGUCCUCUCGUCCACCGCGGUGCUCCCGCUGGCUCCUCCGCCACUCCCUGGCUCAAGCAUGUCAUGCAAAUCUUCGCUCUCUUCAUGCUGUGCGGUUGCUUCACCACUCUGCUCAUCCCUGAGACCAAGCGCCGCACUCUGGAGGAGCUCUCUGGCGAAGAGGCGGAUACUCUGGUCAACCCCUCUCCCAUAAUUCACCCUGAGAAGCACGCUGGUGCUAAUGCGGCGGAGGAGACCUCCCCCGUUUAA